AGAAGGUCAGAGAAAUGAAUACAAGUUGUUGGAGCAUUGAGCAAUCCUUGGAUUUUGGAUUCCAGGCACUAUGUGGAAAAAACAUUCUGUCUUUUUCCUUUUUGUUUUGGCCGUUGCUACAAAUCGUAUAGUGUAUGGACAAACCAGAAGAAAAGGACAAAGGCCAAGUUCUCUUCUAGAAAGACAAGACAAUCUUCAGGAUUCCACCUGCUUCAUUGAUAUCCUCUUUAUCCUGGACACUUCUGAAAGUGCCAGAGGGGAACUUUUUCAGAACCAGAAAGAUUUUGUCAGCCUCUUAAGUGACAAAGUUUUCCGCCUGAAGCCCAGUCGAGUCCAAAGGUACGAUAUCCGUCUGGCAAUCAUGCAGUUCAGCAGCUCAGUCAUUAUCGACCAUCACUUUAGAUCCUGGAGAGGCCUGCAGAACUUUAAGCAAACCUUCUCUAGAAUGACCUUCAUUGGACAUGGCACCUACACCUAUUAUGCUAUUGCCAAUGCCACUCACCUGUUCCAAACAGAAGGCCGGGAAAAAAGCAUAAAAGUGGUUUUGUUGAUGACUGACGGUAUUGACCAUCCAAACAGUCCUGAUGUCCAGGGCAUCUCUAGCGAUGCCAGAGCUCUUGGAAUAUCUUUCAUUACCAUUGGGCUUUCUAACGUUGUUGAUCGAGCCAAACUGCGGUUGAUAUCCGGUGAUUCUCCUCGGAUGCCUGUUCCAAUCUUGGAUGAGUCCAAUCUUUCAGAUAAAAUCCGGGACCAGUUGGAAACUUUAUUUAACCAGAAGUGCUGUGAGCCAGAUCGCUGUGAACAAAAGCGCUGUGAAUGCCAAAAGGGAGAGCCGGGACCUCCGGGACCUGCUGGAUAUUCUGAAAGAGGGCAGAAGGGUGAACGCGGAUCUAAAGGAGAAAAGGGCGAGUUUGUAAAAGGAGACCCUGGAGAAAAAGGUUCUGAGGGAACUCCUGGCUUCAUGGGAGACAAGGGUAACAAAGGGGAGUGCGGGAUACCAGGCGUAAAAGGAGACAGAGGGCAGGAAGGUCCGUUUGGCCCAAAGGGACCUAGAGGCCCUCAGGGAAUCGCUGGCCCUCCAGGUGAGCCUGGUCCAAAAGGUAUUCAAGGAAAAAAGGGGGAACCAGGGCCAACAGGGCCUUAUGGACCUCCAGGAGUCCCUGGGAUUGGCUAUCCAGGACCUAAGGGUGAGAGAGGUCAAGAAGGAAGAACUGGGCCACCAGGACCUACUGGACUUGGCGAGCCAGGCUCCAUAGGGCCCCGCGGUCCUCAGGGCGUGCCAGGUGAAAGGGGUCAACCAGGAGAAGGAGUUCCAGGACAGAAGGGUGACAAAGGUUCUGAAGGGCCAGCAGGACCAGUUGGAGCACCAGGACAGUUCGUCAAAGGAGAUAAGGGCGAGCGUGGGAUGGAUGGACCACAGGGCCCAAUGGGACCAACUGGAACUGGUAUUCAAGGAGUUCAGGGAAUUCAAGGUCCGAAAGGGGUGCCUGGGAUAAAAGGUUCGCGAGGCAUAGGCUUCCCUGGACCAAAGGGACAAGAUGGUGCACCUGGACUAAAAGGAGACACAGGACUACCGGGAAUUGGACUACCUGGAUCUAAAGGAGAUCCAGGAACACCAGGAUUUCCAGGAGAAUUUGGGAAACCAGGAUUAAUGGGAGAGACCGGGAAAAAGGGGGAACGAGGAUUUCCUGGCCCAAGAGGCCCAGAAGGAAUGCCAGGGAGAGGAGAAAUGGGCCUAAAGGGUGAAACGGGACAGAAAGGAGAGCAAGGAUUUGCAGGCAUGAGAGGAAUACCAGGUCCUGCAGGGCCAAAGGGUGAACCUGGAAUCAAAGGUGCAGUUGGUAACCCUGGCCCUUCAGUUCGUGGGCCACCUGGCCCCAAGGGGGAACAAGGAUUUGCUGGGCCUCCUGGAAAUGAUGGCAGUCCUGGAAAUUCCAUUAUGGGACCAAUGGGCAUUCCAGGACUGACUGGGCCACCUGGACUACCGGGGCCAAAAGGAGAUGGCUUUCCAGGUCCACCAGGACUUCCCGGAGCACCCGGUCCUCAAGGACCAAGAGGCCUCAAAGGAGCAGGUGACCCAGGACAGAAGGGAGAACCUGGAACAAGAGGACCGCCAGGGCCUCCUGGGCAACCGGGAAUUGGAAUACCUGGGCCAAAGGGCACCGUGGGGCAAAAAGGCUUGCCUGGCCCACAGGGCCCUCCAGGAUAUGGAACACAAGGAAGUAAGGGAGAACAAGGAGUUCAGGGCUUGCCAGGAGCAAAAGGCUCCAUGGGGCUUGGAUUUCCGGGCCCUAAGGGAGAAUAUGGAGAGAAAGGGGAUCAAGGAAAGAGAGGUGACAAAGGAGAGAUUGGGGAAUCUGGACCCACAGGACCAAGGGGAUUUUCAGGAGCUAAAGGUGAACCUGGUCUUACUAGAGAAGAUAUAAUCAAACUCAUCAUGGAAAUAUGUGGCUGUGGAUUUGACUGCAGGGACAGUCCUUUGGAACUUGUAUUUGUGAUUGACAGCUCUGAAAGCGUGGGGCCCGCCAAUUUUGACCUCAUCAAACGUUUUGUAAAAGCAGCCAUUAGCAAAGUCCGAGUCGACCCAGCGACAGCCCGCGUUGGCAUCAUCAACUUCAGCCACAAAGCAUAUGUGGUAUCCACUUUGCCACAAUGCACCAGCCAAGACUGCCUGAAUACCGCUGUUGAUAAAAUGCUUUAUUUAGGAGAGGGCACCUACACCGCGACCGCUCUCAACAAAACCAUUGAUAUGUUCCGGCAGGCCCGACCGGAUAUGAAAAAAGUGGCCAUCGUCAUCACAGACGGGCAAGCCGACGUUCGCGAUGAAAAGUUGGAGGACAUCGUGAAGCAAGCGCACAACCGCAACAUAGAAAUAUUUGUAAUUGGUGUGGUUCAAAGGAGUAACUCCAAUUAUAAAAAUAUUCAGAAAGAGAUGGAGCUCAUUGCUACAGACCCUGACAGUGAGCAUGUCUCCGAGAUACCUAAUUUCCUCGCCUUACGAUCUCUUGAGGAAAAGAUCUUCAAACAAAUUUGUAAAAACGCUUCCGCCGACCAUAUCAAGAAAGUGCUCAGUUCAUCCUCACUUUACCCUGGAGGUGAACAUACAGGUCAGUUUGCCAGAGCACAGACUCCAGAGCCGUACAUCCCUCCAUCUAAAACAGAAACAGAUUAUCUAUACCCUCCCUGGACACGCAGAGAGCCCUAUGUCACUACACCUUCUCCCAGGCAUACUCCUGUUACUCGUCGACAAGAUCAUUGGGAACCCAGACCCCACACUCCAGCGAUUCCUCUCUUGCCUAAUUUAACUCAUGCUGUGCAGCCGACAUCAGCCGUUGUUCAGCCUCAGAUAGUACUAGGUGGAGCAAAAGCUGCCAGGUGCUUGGAACCAAUGAGACCUGGAGACUGUCGAAACUACCAAGUGAAGUGGUAUUACGACAAGGAUGCCAAUUCUUGUGCCCGAUUUUGGUAUGGCGGCUGUCAGGGUACCCAUAACCGGUUUGAGACAGAACAAGAGUGCCGGGCAACUUGUGUUCAAGACUAA